AAAAAAAGUGAGGCUGAGGUGUUCGCCACUGCGGUGUGGGUGUGCGAGGGCAAAACAGGCUUUCUCCCGAGGCGUGGCCGGCGAGGACUGUCCUGGAUGCGUAAGUGUAGGUGGCGGUGAAAAAAUGCGUCAUGGUGUGAAGUGUACACAGAUUUGGCGUCUGUGUUGGCUCAGGUGCGCUGCUAAUGAGACAAGUAUACCCAAGGCGGCCCCUGGGGGAAGGAAGGAGGGGAGGGAGGCAGGUGGCGGUGACAAAGGGCGCAACACGCAGGACCUGACGAGUACUUUACGGGGCGCUGAGGCGCUCGACCGUGGGACAAUUUGAGUGUGGGGUUACCACAAACUGCGGUUGAUGACAGUGUGAGGAGGGAGGCUGUGCAGGGGUGCGCACGCACGCACGCACGCAAACACACACACACACACACACACACACACACACACACACACACACAUACAAAGCAGCGCUCAUGGGCAGUCUUCGUGCGUGGGCGGCAGGGCCCACCACAAACGGGUCGCGCCACGCCGCCCGCCCACCGCUUUCUCCGUCUUACUAUUGAGAAGUAACGCCGUUGCUGUGACGCUGCAUGCAGUCUGCCAUCACGGACCAGACAAGGGGGGCGGGGCGGGGCGGCUCACGGGGAGAGGGGGCAUCGUGAGGACUUAGGAUGGCGGGGGAGGGGGCAGGAGGAGUCCGCCUGAUCGGUGAUCAAAGGCAGCCGCCAGAGCUGUGAGGAGGCGGUGUGUUUGAUCUCGGGUGCGAUUAUCACAGCUGGGCCGGUCCGCGCCUCGCCCUGCCCGCCGCUCACCUCAGCGACGCGAGGCCAGGCGGCGCGGCGACGGGGCGGCGUCAGUGUGCGGCGCACCAGAGCUCGGGUCGGCUGUCCCUCGCUGCUCCAGCCACGCCCGCACACCGCCGCGUGUCACUCGUGUGUUGCCGGUGUCCCGCGAGCAUCUGACGAGCGGAGCGAGGCAGCGCGGCGACGCGAGUGCCAGCGAGGCCCAGCUUGGCACGAGUGGUCUGGGCCGCAGCGGGCCGCCAAGGGCUUGAGAUGAGGCAGGCGUGGGUAGUGGUGGUGGUGGUGGUGGCCGCAGUGAGCGGCGGGGCGGCAGUGCUGGCCAACCACGACCUGCCCCAGCAGGAGGCGGCUCAACCAAGGGCGGCGCGCGUCUCACCCCGACCUGUCCAAGAUAAGGGUCCCAUGAACGCCCGCACGGCAGGCUGGGUGGCUGCGGCCUACGGUGUGCUGCAGGCUCUCACGUGCGAGACUCAGCGGUGGACCACGGAGAGGGAGUGCCGCGCGGCACAGCGGGAGCCGCGCCGCAAGAUGCAAGUGUGGGCCACGCCGGCGGGGCGAGGCCGCUUCGUCGCUCGCCUGCCCGACGGCUCCCUGGCGCGGCGCGGCGGCCACGGCGGAGUGGUAAUGCUGGAUCCUUUCCCCACCGCCUCCUGGGGCCACCCGCUGCUGCUACUGCUGGUGGCCGACAAUACCUCGCUCGCACACUGCACCCGCACCGCUGGCCACUGGCUGGAGCCCGGGGACUGCUUGAGGGUGGCGGUGAAGGAGCGGUGCCACAACCUCCUGAGAAGACGAGGAAGCAGGAAAAAUUAUGAGAGGCGAUGCGAGAUACGCCUUCCGCCCCUCGUCAUGCUGGAAGAGGGGGACGAGGAGCGGCUGACGAGGGCGGAGGCAACGGGUCCUCGCCUCCUGCAGCGCCCCCGGCAAUAUCUAAGGUGUCGAGAUGAUGCUGAUGGUUACGCCUCCUGUCAUCGCCCCAGGCCGCUCAAUGACACCUAUCUCGUCUGUGAUCCCUUGGGAAUCAAUAAGAAGGGGUGUACCGGCCCCCACGACACGGUACACACGCGGUGCAGACUGUUUGAGGUGUGUGAUCAGGCUCUGGUACUCUCCGGCGGCUGGACUCCUGAUCUCUCUCCCCUCUCCUCUGCCGCCACUGUCGACGCCGCCUACAAGCUGUUGCGCCGGUAUGGUUUUCACAAAGGCAACAUUAAGAUCUUCUACGCGAACGGGGCGACGAGAGAUCAAUAUCCUGCAGAAGGCCACACCGUGUUCCCGUCCUCCUUCAAGCUUGCCUUUCGCUACCACCUUCGCUCCCUCUGCGCCACGCCCCUCUGCACGGACUCCCUCGUGGUAUACCUGACAGGGCCCUCCCUACACGACGGGACUCUGCUGCUCUGGGACGAAGACCGGAAUGGACUGAUGCGGGCAGGGGAGGUGUACAGCCCUAAGGAGCUUCUGAAGGACCUAAGGAACUGUGCGGCACGGCAGGUGACAGUGCUCGUCGAUACAUCCUACGGGGGGGAGAUCGUGAACGCCUUCGCCUCCUCUAGGGACCACCACAACGUGCAGGUGUACGCAGCCGCGGGUUCGGGCGAGUACUCCUGGGGCCACGAGUUCUCCUCCCACUGGCUACACUACAACCACCUAGACUCCUGCACCGCCCGCGUCCACCAGGUGUCGAGGAGCGCGGUACGACACUCCACGCCCCUGGAGUAUGACGGGUCAGGCGGCGCCCUACGGAGGAAUAUCUUCGGGGCGCCCUGCAAUGUGACGCCGCCCUACACUUGGCGCGAGCUGCACCGCCGUUACCUGGGCUGCCAGAACAUUCCCACCGCCCUGUGGCUGCACGCCCUGCCACACCACUUCUCCCAGCUUAGCCCGGCGGACAUCACAGACGACUAUCACAUACCCACCGGCACUUCCUCCAGUCACUGAGUCCUCCCUCCUUUCAUUCAGCCACUGACACACCUCGCUUCCCUCUUCCAGCUAACGACACCCCUUACUUCUCACCUCCAUUACUUUUAAUGUAUUCAUUCCUUCAGCUACCGACACCCCUUACUUCCCACUUCCAUUUUUCUUCAUCCUCAUCCCUCAUCUAGCCACUGGUCCCUCCUUUAUUCCACCCACGAAACACCCCUCACUCCCCCUCCAAUCUUCCCUCCCACACUCCCAUCACCCGCUCCGGCACAGUGUAAGUACGAUACCAUGCCGUAGAUGCAGUACCCCAGUCCUCCGUGUAUAUAUGACUGCCUCCCGCACCCUCACCAAGCUUCCUCUACCCUGAUAAAUGUCAUAGUGAACCUUAAUGAAGCAACAGAGCACAAACAUCAAAUUUUUCACUCGCAGCAUAGCCAGAGUCGCCACUGCAGUGUAAAUACAAGUAAAUACAAAGCAAGUACUUAACAGCCAUCAGGCCCUUACUUACCCCGACACUGUAAAUACUGUCAGACGCCCCCAGAUCAAGGAAGAUGAUGUUUCUUCUUCCAGCCUCCCAUACAGGACAUAAGCACCGCAAUAAUCUGUCAGUCACGUGCGUCACUUGUAGUAAUGUUAAUAAAUGGUCUAAUCCUGA